GCCCAAGACAUGCGUCCCUACAGCACUGUUGAGAGUUGUGGCUUCAGGAACAUGUUAAACGUACUGGAACCAAGGUAUAAAGUCCCUAGUCGACCACAUAUUAGUGAGAAAGUAAUGCCAGCACUAUUUAAAUCUGUCCAAGAUCGGGUAAUUAAGCAACUGCAAAAUGAAGACAGCAUUGCUAUCACAACAGAUUCUUGGACUUCACGAGCAACUGAGAAUUAUGUAGCUGUAACAGCCCACUUUAUCAAUAAGGACUGGCAGGUCGAAAACUAUACCCUUGAAACGAAACAAUUUGGCAGUUCACACACAGCUGAAAACUUAGCCAUCGGACUACAAGGGACUGUGACACAGUGGCAGCUUGUGUGUAAUGGUAAGGGUCCUGCCAUUACGACUGAUAAUGCAAGUAAUAUUGUUCGGGCUGUCAAGGAAUCUGGCCUAGGUCAGCAUAUUGGAUGUUUUGCGCAUACCAUUAACUUAGCAACACAACGGGGCUUGAAAGUCUCACAAGUAGAUAGACUGUUGGGUAGGGUGCGACGUGUAGUUACGUACUUCCACAAAAGUACAUCAGCCGCAAGCUGUUUGAAGCUGAUUCAGUUGCGAUAAGGAAAACCUCAGCACAAACUGCUGAUGGAUGUGCGGACUAGGUGGAACUCCAGCUUUGACAUGUGCAGCUGCUAUCUUGAGCAGCAAGCACCUGUAUAUGCUGCCUUGGUAGAGAUGAAGAAAGUUAGUGAUGUAGCAACCCUUUCAGAGAGUGAUGUGCAGAACAUUGAAAACAUUGUUGAAGUCCUGAGACCCCUGAAGACAGUUACGACAAUGAUGUGUAGCCAGAAACAUCCGACUGUAUCACUCAUACAUCCGCUGAAAGAAAUGCUUCUUGGACAUCUCCAGAUCUCACCGUCUGAUAACUCAUUGGUGUCAGAUAUCAAGAAAGCAAUCAGCUCUGACCUCAAACCAAGGUACUCUGAUGCAAAUAUCCUGGAGUUCCUUCUGCAGACUUCAGCCCUUGAUCCACGGUUUAAGAGCCUACCCUACCUUGACUAUGAUUCCAGGCAAAAGAGUGAGGCACCUGAUGAGACGUCUCCCAGUGAGAAUCCGGUGGCUACUAUACCCACGCUGGAGGAAGGAGAACCCCCUUUGAAACUACAGAAAGAAGUCACCAGGACAUCAAAUGGUGGUGCACUAGCUGACUUGUUUGGUGACAUAUUUGUUGCUAGGGCAGAGCCCCCGAAAACAUCAAUUGAUAUGAUGACAGCUGAGCUGGUGUCCUACAAGGAAGAAGAUUGUCUCCCUUUGAACUCUGAAGACGGUUGUGAGGUCAGUGAUCCUCUGCGUUGGUGGAAGGAAAGGGAGGACAAGUAUCCUUUGCUGUCCAAACAUGCCAAAAGGCUACUUGGCAUACCCGCAACAAGCGUUGCAAGUGAAUGGGUAUUCUCCACUGCAGGUGAUGUUGUGACGGCACAGCGAGCAUGCUUGUCGGGUGAUCAAGUCGACAUGCUUGUUUUCCUUAAGCAAAACAUCAGCAUUCCGAAUGACCUAUUCUAAAGCGAGAAACAAUAUUGAUUGAACAAGUUGCGAGACUGACAGUGUUAACAAAUAGUUUGUUUAUGCUUACAACAUAAAUUUAUUUGUGUUUGUUAAUUUUGGAGUUGUUUUUUUUC